UAUCGAGUCUUCUGAUGUCGGCUGUUUGUAGACUUCAUCAGCGUCUGCGGCCUCUUGGUCGCCAUAUCUACCGUCUUCAAUCACGCUCGACAACUAGGGCAUUAAUUUCUAUUCUAUCUAGUCAAUCAAAGAGCUUUCUGACACAAACGCGGGGGUUUGAUCAACACAUUAGAUGUAUUGUAUCUACGUCUACACCAUUCAAGCGUCUUUUAAGCUCAACAAGUUUACCAGAGUAUUUUGUUGUCACUCUACCCGCACUGUCACCAACGAUGGAAGAAGGGAGGAUUGCCACUUGGGAGAAGCAAGAAGGCGAUGAAUUGAAUGAAGGAGAAGUCAUUGCAACAAUCGAGACAGACAAGGCAACAAUGGAAUUUGAAACUCCAGAAACUGGAUUUCUUGCAAAGAUCAUCGUGCAAGCGGGCGGCGAGAAUUUGCCUCUUAAAACGCCGGUUGCUAUUAUUGUAUCGGAAAAGGAGAGUAUUGAGGCCUUUAAAGAUUACAAGCUACCUGGGGCUGUAGCAGAUGCUUCGCCUGCUGCUCCAGCUCCUGCUGCUCCAGCUCCUCCACCUCCAGCAGUUGCUGUUUCUCCAACUCCUGCAGUUCAGCCUGCCCCACCAGCCAGCCCACCUCCAUUGUCUCUGUCUCCUACUAUUGCACCAACAGGAGAUGGCCGUGUGAUUGCAACACCUCUUGCUAAGAAAUUAGCAAAAGAGAAAAUGUUGGAUUUGACCACUAUCAGUGGCACAGGUCCAGGAGGUCGCAUUCAAGCUGCUGAUUUGGCUCAAUUAUCUGCUGCACCAAUUUUAUCUGCUGCACCAAUUUCAUCUGCUGCACCAAUUCCAUCUGCACCUCCUGCUGUUGGUGAUAUGUUCACGGACAUUCCUUUGAGCAACAUGAGAAAGGUCAUUGCCAGUCGGCUGCUUCAAUCAAAACAAAACAUUCCCCAUUACUACAUAUCAGUUGAUGUCAAGAUGGAAGCUCUUUUGCAGUUGAGAAAGGAGUUGAAUGCAGCGGCAGCAAGCAAAUUCAAACUGUCGGUGAAUGAUUUUGUGAUCAAGGCUGCUGCGUUGUCCAUGAGACACAUACCUGAGGUCAAUUCAUCUUGGAUGGACACAUUCGUCAGACGUCAUCAUAAUGUGGAUGUGAGUGUUGCUGUGGCAACUGAUGCUGGACUUAUUACUCCCAUUGUAUUUGAAGCUGACAAAAAGGGUCUUGAACGUAUCAAUGCAGACGUGAUUGAGUUGGCACAGAAGGCUAGAGAUGGCAAGUUGAAACCACAUGAAUUCCAGGGUGGAACAUUUACAAUAUCAAAUCUUGGCAUGUUUGGAACAAAGAGUUUCUGUGCAAUCAUCAAUCCCCCACAGUCUGCAAUUAUGGCUGUUGGAACAAUUGAAAAACGAGUCCUUGUUGACCUCGAUAAUGACAACAACUAUUGUGUGGGAUCCAUAAUGAACGUUACGAUGAGUUGCGAUCAUCGGGUGAUCGAUGGAGCAGUCGGAGCUCAGUGGUUGCAAAAGUUCCAAGCAUAUCUUGAAUCACCAAUAACAAUGCUUCUGUAGUUCAUCUCCUAAACAAGUCUUCCUCUAGUAGCAGCCUCGACAAUUUGUCUGUUUAUCUAGAUCUAUUUGAUAUCAAUAUGCAACUGAUUAUAUGCGAA